AUGCUAUUUCUCGAGCAAACACAGGGGUUUGCUCGCGAUGACCGUCAUGCUUGUGUCCCAUCUUUAUUUGAAUUACUUAUGCAAGAGCGUAUGGCGGAGGGAUUUAAACCUGCAUUAGACUAUCUCGUGACGACACUAUGUGAAUCGUAUCCGAAUGUAGCACUCUCACUCCCUGUGCGUUAUUUUGAAGAGAGCUAUGCGCUGUUACGCUAUUGCAUUGAGAGCUACUUUCUAUCGCGAUACGAUGGUUUAGCUACUGAGAAGUUUUAUGGUAUGAAGCGUGUUAUAAUCGUGAAUGAAAAUGCCAAGAUAUCGACAUCUGCAUUGACCUCCCGAGCGAGAAGACUGACCCUGUUUUUUGCUGUAAUUGUACCGUACUUGAAGACAAAGCUAGAUGUGUACUAUAAAGAGACUGUGGUGCUUUUGGCUCGAACGACAGGGACAAAUACGAGGAAUGCAAGUGCUAAUGGUGGUACAAGAGAACAACGAAUGAGUCGAUUUUUGCAACGUCUUCAAAGCUUGGCGUACUUGCAAACACUUCAAAAAGGCUUUGUAGCAACCUAUCCAUAUGCACAUUUUGUGUAUCAAGGGUCUUUCUUCUUCUAUCACUGGUUGUAUCUCCUUGGCGAUACGCCGUUCUUUUCGCCUUUUUUAAGAUGUAUGAAGACGGUUCUCGUGCGAGUUACAGCAGAUGACGAGUCUAUCUUUCGUCAACAUGAAGCUAAGUAUCGUGAGAAAGUAUUGACCAAGUUGAGCGGCUCAGGAAUUACUGAUAGAAUUCGACGACUAUUGGUUCAAGUAACUUGGGCGACGGUCGAUCACUCGUAUGUGCUGCUGUUGCUGGGUAUUGCAGGGUACAAGUUCAUUGAAUGGAUGUACUCGGAAGAGGGCGUAUCAGUCAAGUUGCGACUCACUGGAACCGAUGCACCGAUUCCACCUCCACCACUGCCACCUCAAUUUUCAGGACCAGCGUUGGCACUGGCUACCAUGAACCCGGCCUUGUGUCCAUUAUGUAAGAAGAAACGUGCAAAUCCUGCUAUGACUCCAUCUGGAUACGUCUUUUGCUACCCGUGCAUAUACCGCUACAUUGAGCAGCAUGGUGAGUGUCCUAUUACGCAGAUAAAGUGCGAGCUUGCUACCAUAGCGAAGAUCUACGACGAUGCACGAGAUUCAUGA